AUGCAGAAUGCUUCUACAAACAUUUGCAAAAGACUGUGCAAUAAGUCCAUCCGUGACAUUUCCUUGCUACUAAACAUUCCACGGUCAACUGUUAGUGGUAUUAUAACAAAGUGGAAGCAACUGGGAACAACAGCAACUCAGCCACAAAGUGGAAAGGCCACGUAAAUGACAGUGCGGGGUCAGCACAUGCUGAAGAGCACAGUGCGCAGAUGUCACCAACUGUUUGCAGAGUCAAUAGUUAAAGACCUCCAAACCUCAUGUGGCCUUCACAUUAGCAGUUCAUAAUGUACGUAGAGAACUUCAUGGAAUGGGUUUCCAUGGCCGAGCAGCUGUAUCCAAGCCUCACAUCACCAAGUGCAAUCCAAAGCGUUGGAAACAGUAGUGUAAAGCACGCCGCCACUGGACUCUAG